GACGCCUGCGUCAGCAAAGAGCGGGGCUGGGGGCAUCGGGUUUGAAGUCGUGCGGGUCGGAGGACUGCCGCCUCCGCCGCUGUCUCAGAUCCCAGCUCCCGGUUGCGGCGGGGACGACCUCCGGUAGGUGGCGGAGCAGAUGCCCGAGGGCCCGCUCCGGGACGCCUCGCACCGCACCGGCCGCUCCCCUCGGCUCCGCGGCCUGGGCCUGCGCCGCUCUGCUCUCUGGAAACUAGCGCCUCAGCGGCGCGGCGAGUAGCUCGCGGGGCGCUCCGAACCGCCGGCGCUCGGCCAUGGCGGUCUCCAGGCUUGAUCGUCUUUUUAUCUUACUGGAUACUGGCACUACUCCAGUUACAAGAAAAGCUGCUGCACAGCAACUUGGAGAAGUGGUGAAGCUUCAUCCUCAUGAACUAAAUAAUCUGUUAUCUAAAGUAUUGAUUUAUUUAAGGAGUGCAAAUUGGGAUACCCGGAUUGCAGCAGGACAAGCUGUUGAGGCUAUAGUGAAAAAUGUGCCUGAGUGGAAUCCAGUACCAAGAACAAAACAAGAAACUACUUCGGAAAGUUCAAUGGAAGAUUCAUCUACUACAGAUCGAUUGAAUUUUGACAGAUUUGACAUAUGUAGACUGUUACAACAUGGAGCAUCACUUUUGGGGUCUGCUGGUGCAGAAUUUGAAGUCCAAGAUGAAAAAUCAGGUGAAGUAGAUCCUAAAGAGAGGAUAGCACGUCAGCGAAAACUAUUACAGAAGAAACUUGGCCUUAAUAUGGGAGAAGCAAUUGGAAUGAGUACUGAAGAACUCUUCAAUGAUGAAGAUUUGGAUUAUACACCAACUUCAGCAGCCCUUGUAAACAAACAACCUAUGCUCCAGGCAGCAGAGUUGAUUGACUCAGAAUUCCGAGCAGGAAUGAGCAAUAGACAAAAGAAUAAAGCUAAAAGAAUGGCCAAGCUUUUUGCAAAACAGAGAUCCAGGGAUGCAGUGGAAACUAAUGAGAAGAGCAAUGAUAGCACUGAUGGGGAGCCAGAAGAAAAGAGACGGAAAAUAGCAAAUGUUGUUGUUAAUCAGACUGCAAAUGAUUCCAAAGUCUUGAUUGACAACAUUCCAGACAGCUCUUCCUUAAUUGAAGAGACAAAUGAAUGGCCUUUGGAAAGCUUUUGUGAAGAACUUUGCAAUGACCUUUUUAAUCCCUCCUGGGAGGUUCGACACGGUGCAGGCACUGGACUAAGGGAAAUUCUUAAAGCUCAUGGAAAAAGUGGUGGUAAAAUGGGAGAUAGCACUUUAGAAGAGAUGAUUCAGCAGCAUCAAGAAUGGUUGGAAGAUUUAGUUAUUAGACUCCUUUGUGUUUUUGCAUUGGAUAGAUUUGGAGACUUUGUUUCUGAUGAAGUUGUAGCACCAGUUCGGGAAACUUGUGCUCAGACAUUAGGUGUGGUUUUGAAACACAUGAAUGAAACAGGAGUUCAUAAGACUGUGGAUGUGCUGCUAAAAUUACUUACACAAGAACAAUGGGAAGUUAGGCAUGGUGGUCUACUGGGAAUAAAAUAUGCUUUGGCAGUUCGUCAGGAUGUAAUUAAUACUUUAUUGCCUAAAGUUUUAACUAGAAUAAUUGAAGGACUCCAGGAUCUUGAUGAUGAUGUCAGAGCGGUUGCUGCAGCAUCAUUAGUGCCUGUAGUUGAAAGCCUAGUCUAUCUUCAGACACAAAAAGUACCAUUCAUUAUAAAUACAUUAUGGGAUGCUCUUCUGGAAUUAGAUGAUCUCACAGCUUCAACAAAUAGUAUUAUGACUCUUCUUUCAUCUUUGUUAACUUAUCCUCAGGUCCAACAAUGCAGUAUUCAGCAGUCACUUACAGUUUUAGUUCCACGUGUCUGGCCUUUUUUGCAUCACACUAUAUCAUCAGUUCGAAGAGCAGCAUUGGAAACUCUGUUUACGUUAUUAUCAACACAGGACCAGAAUUCUUCAUCUUGGCUUAUACCUAUACUGCCUGAUAUGCUUCGACAUAUUUUUCAGUUCUGUGUUUUAGAAAGCAGCCAGGAAAUUCUGGAUCUCAUUCACAAGGUUUGGAUGGAACUCUUGAGCAAGGCAUCAGUUCAGUAUGUGGUAGCAGCUGCUUGCCCAUGGAUGGGUGCUUGGCUUUGCUUAAUGAUGCAGCCUUCUCACUUACCUAUUGAUUUAAAUAUGUUGCUAGAAGUAAAAGCUAGAGCCAAGGAAAAAACAGGUGGUAAGGUACGUCAAGGCCAAAAUCAAAGUAAAGAAGUACUUCAGGAGUAUAUUGCAGGUGCAGACACCAUCAUGGAAGACCCGGCCACAAGGGAUUUUGUAGUUAUGCGGGCCAGAAUGAUGGCAGCCAAAUUGUUAGGAGCACUUUGUUGCUGUAUUUGUGAUCCCGGUGUAAAUAUGGUAACUCAAGAAAUUAAACCAGCUGAAUCCCUUGGCCAGUUACUACUCUUCCAUCUCAACUCCAAAUCUGCCUUACAAAGAAUUAGUGUUGCUUUGGUAAUCUGUGAAUGGGCUGCUUUACAAAAGGAAUGUAAAGCUGUUACCCUAGCUGUGCAACCACGUUUACUUGAUAUCCUUUCAGAACAUUUAUAUUAUGAUGAAAUUGCUGUUCCAUUCACACGAAUGCAGAAUGAAUGUAAACAGCUUAUAUCAUCAUUAGCUGAUGCACAUAUUGAAGUUGGUAAUAGAGUAAACAACAACGUUUUAACUAUAGAUCAAGCUAAUGACCUGGUCACUACUGUUUUUAAUGAAGUCACAUCAACUUUCGAUUUAAAUUCUCAAGUAUUACAGCAAUUAGAUAGUAAACGACAGCAGGUCCAAAUGACAGUUACAGAGACAAACCAAGAGUGGCAAGUGUUGCAGUUGAGAGUGCAUACUUUUGCUGCAUGUGCAGUUGUGAGCUUGCAGCAGCUUCCGGAGAAAUUAAAUCCUAUCAUAAAACCACUAAUGGAGACGAUUAAAAAAGAAGAGAAUACACUAGUGCAAAACUAUGCAGCUCAGUGCAUAGCUAAACUUCUUCAGCAGUGCACAACAAGGACACCCUGUCCCAAUUCAAAGAUUAUUAAAAAUCUCUGUAGCUCACUUUGUGUGGACCCAUAUCUAACUCCUUGUGUAACAUGUCCAGUACCAACACAAAGUGGCCAGGAAAAUUCUAAAGGACCCAACUCAGAAAAAGAUGGAAUGCACCAUACUGUAACCAAGCACAGAGGUAUAAUUACACUCUAUAGGCAUCAGAAAGCUGCUUUUGCUAUCACAAGUAGGCGAGGUCCUACCCCGAAAGCAGUAAAAGCUCAAAUAGCAGAUCUUCCUGCCGGAAGUAGUGGGAGUAUCCUUGUCGAACUUGAUGAGGCCCAAAAGCCUUACCUGGUACAACGGAGGGGAGCUGAAUUUGCCUUGACAACUAUAGUGAAGCAUUUUGGUGGUGAAAUGGCAGUGAAAUUGCCACAUCUCUGGGAUGCUAUGGUUGGCCCACUGAGGAAUAUAAUUGAUCUAAAUAAUUUUGAUGGAAAAUCCCUCCUGGAAAGGGGAGAUGGACCUGCUCAAGAAUUGGUGAAUUCUCUGCAAGUUUUUGAAACAUCAGCAGCUUCAAUGGAUUCCGAGCUUCAUCCCUUGUUGGUACAGCAUUUGUCUCAUCUUUAUAUGUGCCUUCAAUACCCGAGCACUGCAGUGAGGCACAUGGCUGCUCGUUGUGUAGGUGUCAUGAGCAAAAUAGCUACCAUGGAAACAAUGAACAUCUUUUUGGAAAAGGUACUUCCAUGGCUGGGAGCAAUUGAUGACAAUGUCAAACAAGAGGGUGCAAUUGAAGCACUUGCCUGUGUAAUGGAACAACUAGAUGUUGGUAUUGUUCCAUAUAUUGUUCUUUUAGUUGUUCCUGUGUUGGGAAGAAUGAGUGAUCAGACAGACAGUGUAAGAUUCAUGGCUACGCAAUGUUUUGCAACAUUAAUUAGACUCAUGCCACUUGAGGCAGGCAUUCCAGACCCUCCAAACAUGUCAGAAGAAUUAAUCCAGUUGAAAGCAAAAGAGCGACACUUUUUGGAACAAUUGUUAGACGGGAAAAAGUUAGAAAAUUAUAAAAUUCCAGUACCAAUCAAUGCUGAACUAAGAAAAUAUCAGCAGGAUGGUGUAAACUGGUUAGCAUUUCUUAAUAAAUAUAAACUGCAUGGAAUUCUGUGUGAUGACAUGGGUUUAGGAAAAACUUUACAGUCCAUCUGCAUUCUAGCAGGAGAUCAUUGUCACAGGGCCCAGGAAUAUGCAAGGUCAAAAUUGGCAGAAUGUAUGCCACUUCCUUCCUUGGUUGUUUGUCCACCAACAUUAACAGGUCAUUGGGUGGAUGAAGUAGGUAAAUUUUGCUCCAGAGAAUAUCUCAAUCCGUUGCACUAUACUGGACCUCCCACGGAACGAAUAAGGUUACAGCAUCAAGUAAAAAGGCAUAAUCUGAUAGUGGCUUCAUAUGAUGUUGUGAGGAAUGACAUAGAUUUUUUUAGAAAUAUUAAAUUUAACUACUGUAUUCUUGAUGAAGGCCAUGUCAUCAAAAAUGGAAAAACAAAGUUGUCAAAAGCAGUAAAACAACUGACUGCUAAUUAUAGAAUUAUUCUUUCUGGAACCCCAAUCCAGAACAAUGUUUUGGAGCUGUGGUCGUUGUUCGAUUUCCUCAUGCCAGGAUUUUUGGGUACUGAACGCCAAUUUGCUGCUCGAUACGGGAAACCUAUAUUAGCAAGUAGAGAUGCUCGAAGUUCCAGUCGAGAACAAGAAGCAGGUGUUCUUGCGAUGGAUGCACUGCACCGCCAAGUCCUGCCGUUUCUUUUGAGAAGAAUGAAAGAAGAUGUUUUGCAGGAUCUUCCACCUAAAAUUAUUCAAGAUUAUUAUUGUACUCUUAGUCCUCUCCAGGUUCAGCUCUAUGAAGAUUUCGCCAAGUCUCGUGCCAAGUGUGAUGUUGAUGAAACAGUUUCUUCAGCUGCACUUUCUGAAGAAACUGAAAAACCAAAGCUUAAAGCUACAGGCCAUGUAUUCCAGGCAUUACAAUACUUACGUAAACUGUGCAACCAUCCAGCUUUAGUUUUAACAUCCCAACAUCCAGAGUUCAAGAGCACUACUGAAAAACUGGCAAUUCAGAAUUCUUCUCUUCAUGAUAUUCAACAUGCGCCUAAACUUUCAGCUUUGAAACAAUUGCUGUUGGACUGUGGUUUGGGAAAUAGCAGUACUUCAGAGAGUGGCACAGAGUCUGUUGUGGCCCAGCACAGGAUACUGAUCUUCUGUCAGCUUAAAAGUAUGCUUGAUAUAGUAGAACAUGAUCUGCUGAAACCUCACCUGCCCUCUGUCACUUAUUUGAGAUUAGAUGGCAGCAUACCUCCUGGUCAGAGGCAUUCCAUCGUUUCCCGGUUUAACAAUGAUCCAUCCAUAGAUGUUCUCUUACUUACGACUCAUGUUGGUGGCCUGGGGCUUAACUUGACGGGCGCUGACACAGUGGUAUUUGUGGAGCAUGACUGGAAUCCCAUGCGAGAUCUACAAGCUAUGGACCGGGCCCAUCGCAUUGGGCAGAAACGUGUGGUUAAUGUUUACCGAUUAAUAACCAGAGGAACAUUGGAAGAGAAAAUAAUGGGUUUGCAGAAAUUCAAGAUGAACAUAGCUAAUACCGUUAUUAGCCAAGAGAAUUCUAGUUUGCAGAGUAUGGGAACUGAUCAACUUCUUGAUCUUUUUACUCUUGAUAAGGAUGGCAAAGCAGAAAAGGCUGAUACCUCAACUUCUGGAAAAGCAAGUAUGAAAUCAAUUCUUGAAAACCUGAGUGAUCUUUGGGAUCAAGAGCAGUAUGAUUCAGAAUACAGCCUUGAAAAUUUUAUGCAUUCUCUUAAAUAACUAUCAAAUAUUGUAAAUGCAAUUGCUGCUAGUUCAGUUACAUUUCUGCUGAUAUUCAGCAAAAUUUCUAAGUUUAUGGUGAACUUUUAACUCAACGUGUAAAUAAAUCUGAAGAAUAUCCAGCAUAA